AUGAACGGCUACUCCUACAAUGGCGCCGACGUCGGGCAUGGCAUGGACCAGGGCGACGAGGCCCAGGACAACGGCAUCAUGAUGAUGGACCAGAGCGGCAUGCCCAUGACGGGCGCCAUGGGCGGGCAGUCGCUGGACGACAUUGUCAACAACAACGCCAAGAUGAUCCGUCGCCAGAGCAUGCCCCAGGGAUACGGCACCAGUCCGCAGCACCUCAACGCCGACGUGCGCCGUGUCUCCAUGCUGGACUAUGCCUCACAGUCGCCCGCAGGCUCCAUGGGCGACUUUCAGUACGAUCCCAACCCAUCCCUCGACCAGUCGGCCUACGCUUCUUCAGGCCAGGUCACUCCUACCGCCGCCGCUGUUGCCCCCACCGUCCAGCGCAGACCGCCGCCCACCCCAACCCACCACCGCCGCCCGUCGGGCAGCGAGCUGUCGCUCAACACGCAGUUCGCCAACAAUCCUCAGAACUUCCCCACCAGCAUGAUGCCCCCCAAUUCGGCCUAUGCGGUGUCGCCUGCACACCCUCCGAACAACAUGGAUCUAUCGGCUAUCGAAAGUCCAUAUAUCGAUUCUUCCAUGGGAGUGAAUAUGGAUUAUGGCAUGGAGCAGAGUUUGAACGGCGCCGCGACCGCUGAGCCCAUGCCGAUGAACCUGUACAAUCAGCCACAGUUCUCUCAAUCCAACCUUUCCUCCCCCAUGCACCAGCAGCAACACCAAGGGACGCCGCAGUCGGGCAGGAUGUCCUCCCACGAUCAGGCUGGAAACAAUAGUGUGCGCUCACACUACAGCUCCACCAAUCGCACACCUACCUCACACGCCAACAUCCGCCAGCUGCAGCGGACUCAGAGCUUGCAUGUAUCGGACGUGACCAGCCCGGUUCAUGGUGCUUCGCAAUCGAGUGCGACUCCAACGGGUGCUCCUCCCCAGAUUCCUCAGCGCACUCCAUCUCGUUCCCAAACGCACUCCCAACCGUCAUCACAACAGCCGACUCCGGGGCACAAGACGCCUGGCGUGGGAUUUAGCCACCAGCCGCAGAAUCCGCCACAUGGCUCAUAUCAAGACCGAGGAGUCGGCCAGGUGUCGGCGCAGGGCUAUGAUGGGGUCAAUGGGCCCGUUCCAGUGGCCGUGACACCGCAGAACUACAACCCCAACAACCAGAAUUUUCCAUGGGAAGUCCCAGAGGGAGGCUGGCCGUCGACGAUGGUGGGCAAGACGCACAUGAAUUCGGCCUCCAAGAAUGCGUAUUCCUCGACGGGGUUCGAUAUGCUUGGCGUUUUGAUGCGCGUCGCGACACGUCCCCACCCUGAAAUCAACAUUGGAUCCGUCGACCUGUCUUGUGCCUUUGUCGUCUGCGAUGCGGAGAAGGAUGAUUUCCCCAUCGUGUACUGCUCCGACAACUUCGAACGUCUGACCGGCUACACGAAGCACAUGAUCCUGGGUCGUAAUUGUCGCUUCCUGCAGUCGCCCGAUGGCAAUGUCGCCCCAGGGGUGAAGCGCAAGUACGUGGACGACGACUCGGUGCUGUAUUUGAAAAACAUGAUCAAUCUGCGUCGCGAGGCUCAGAUAUCCCUCAUCAACUACCGCCGCGGCGGCCAGCCGUUUAUGAAUCUGCUCACCGUGAUCCCCAUCGCCUGGGAGACGGACCAGGUCAAGUUCUUCGUGGGUUUUCAGGUCGAUUUGGUGGAGCAGCCCAAUGCGGUCACGAACAAGAAUCCUGAUGGCUCAUACUCGAUCAACUACCAGCGGGGCAUGACGAUGCCUCGCUAUGUCAUGAACGCGCCUGAAAACACUCCAAAGUCGGAUCUUGGCCAAACGGUACCUCGUGACGAUGUGUCCGCCAUCCUCAGCACAAUCGGGAGCGGCGAAUCAGAAUACGCCAAGCGCAUGUGGGAUAAAGUCUUGCUUGAGAACACUGACGACGUAGUGCACGUGCUGUCCCUGAAGGGCCUGUUCCAAUGGGUCUCGCCAUCGGCCUUGAGAGUCCUCGAGUAUGAGCCCAGCGAGCUCAUAGGCACCGCCCUCAGCUCAGUCUGCCACCCGAGUGACAUUGUCCCAGUUACGCGCGAGCUAAAGGAUACCUCGACGGGAGCUUCAGUCAACGUCGUGUUUCGAAUACGGCGGAAGAACAGCGGCUACAUGUGGUUCGAGGGGCAUGGCUCACUACACACCGAACAAGGCAAAGGACGCAAAUCCAUCAUCAUGGUGGGCCGCGAACGACCGGUGUACAGCCUCGGCAAGAGUGAGCUUCUCAACGCUGGAGGCAUUGGCGAGAACGAGCUGUGGACCAAGAUGUCGACUUCUGGCAUGUUCUUGUUUGUGUCUUCCAACGUGCGGCAACUCCUGGAUCGGCAACCUGACGAGCUUGUCGGUGUCAGUGUGCAGUCACUCAUGCGCACUGAGUCCAAGGCUGACUUUGGUCGAAUCUUGGAACAUGCUCGCACGGGUAAGAAAGCGUCAGUCAAGCAUGAGAUGAUCAACAGGAGAGGUCAAGUUCUCUCUGCCUUUACCACGCUCUACCCUGGAGACGCUACCGAAGGGUUGAAGCCUACCUUCAUCGUGGCUCAGACCAAACUCAUCAAGUUCUCGCGUGGCAACCAGUCGAGCCGACCACCCAUCUAUCCAAAGGCGGAGAGAACCUCACAAGAAUCCAUGCAGUCUGGCCAGACUACCGGCGGACAGGGGCAGGAUGACAGCACGCAGACACCAAACUCGGCCCUUUCAGGACGAUACAUGGCCACGGACGGGUCGGCGGCGACAUAUGCUGGGCAACAUGGACUGCAGAUUGGACACCAAGAUCAGUCGCUAGCGGCAGAGGACAAUCUCUUUGACGAGCUCAAGACGACCAAAUCCAGCUCGUGGCAGUAUGAGAUUCGGCAGCUGGAGAAGCGCAAUAGAUUGCUGGCAGAAGAGGUGCAGUCGCUGAUUGCCGCGAAGAAGAAGCGCAAGAGGAGAAAGGGGGCUGGUAACCAGCAAAAGGAUUGCGCCAACUGUCAUACUCGUGUGACGCCUGAAUGGAGACGUGGGCCAAGUGGGCAACGAGAUCUUUGCAACAGCUGUGGAUUGAGGUGGGCGAAAUUGAACGGCCGCGUAUCGCCGCGCACCAACUCGCAACAUAGCGUCCACUCGGCAGCUUCUGACAAGGCUUCCAAAGCCAGCGCUUCUCCGAGGAACCCCUCGAUAUCAAACACUGGUGCUGGAAGCAACAACAUCAAGAUGGAGAGUCCGAAUGACGCCAAUCGAUCCAAUGCAAACCACGAUCCACAAAGAGCUAAUGCCACGUCGCCAAUGAACGGGCCGAACCAGCAUGGGUAUGCCGCUAGCAUGGAGGGUGCUAGUGGUGUGCCAGCAAAGAUUGAUGAGGCCAUCGAACCGGAUUGA